AUGACUAUCCAGGAAAAACGACCUUUGGAAGAAGCGACAGCUUUAGCUGAGGAAUCAAAACGACCAAAUACCUCAUCCUAUAUAAAAGGAGUAGCAGCAAUCAAACCACAAUAUAUUGUUCCAUCCUCUUCAAUAACAGAAAAUAUAAUAGAAUAUGAUGAUGAUGAAGCAGAAGCAGGAGAUAAAGUUCAACAAAAUGGAAAUGGAAACCAUAGAGGAGGUAAGCAAAAUAAGAAACAAAGAGGUCAGAAUAAAAACAGAGAAAUUCGACAAAGAAAAGAAGCAAUCAGAUUAUGUGCUUCAUUGAUUGAUCCAUCUGAUGAAUCAAGACCAUGUUUAGCAGGAGAGGGUAGAGAGUGUAAGUUUUCACAUAAUUUGGAUGAAUACUUGGCUUCCAAACAAGAAGAUAUUGAAGGAACAUGUCCAGUUUUUGAAGUUUUGGGUUACUGUCCAGCAGGAAUGAAAUGUAGAUGGUUAUAUUCACAUUAUAAUAAAGAGGUUAAAGAAUUAGUUAAAGAUCUAGAGAAAAUUGCAAUAUCCAAAAAAUCAAAUUAUGAAGUCAAUAAUAUAAACAAACAAGAUAAAAUAGCAAUGCUGAAAAAGAAGUACGAAUUUAAGACGGCCAAUACAGUGAUAGAUCAUCUUGAAUCAACAAUAAAGAAAGACACUACCGAUCCCAAAGAACAGAGAAAAGAUAAUAAAGCAACUUAUGUGGAUGCCCCUUACAAAAUAUCCGAGAAAAAGAAGAUUAAUCUUAAUAGAGCUAAGAUUGUUUCUCCAUUAACAACGGUAGGGAAUUUACCGUAUCGUCGUUUAAUGAAAACUUUGGGAGCAGAUGUAACAUACUCAGAAAUGGCUUUAUCAGUGCCGUUGGUACAAGGGCAUCAACCUGAAUGGGCAUUACCAAAAGCCCACAUCAGCGAAUACCCAGGUUUUGGAGUGCAAAUUGCAAGUUCCAAAAUAUGGUCAGCAGCAAAAGCUGCUGAAGCAAUUUAUAGAAAUACUACCCAUGUUAGUGAAUUGAAUUUAAAUUGUGGUUGCCCGAUUGAUUUGUUAUACAAGCAAGGUCAAGGUUCGGCAUUAUUGGAUCAACCACCCAGGUUAUUAAGGAUAGUGAAAGCAAUGAACGCAUCAUCCGGUGAUAUACCGGUAACUAUUAAAAUCAGAACAGGUGUGAAAGAGAAUAAAAAUACUGCCAAAAGUUUAGUUCAGAGAGUCUUAUCAGAAAACCAAGUUGCUGCAAUAACAUUACACGGCAGAUCCAGACAACAAAGAUAUACAAAAGAAGCUGAUUGGAAUUAUAUUGCAGAAGUUGGUAAGGUUGUUUCGGAAUGGAAUAAUAAAAAAGAGGAAGAUAAGGAGUUAAGCGAUCCUGCUAAUCCUACGUGGUUUGUUGGAAAUGGAGAUGUUUAUACACAUGAGGAUUGGUAUAAUGGAGUUAACACAGAGGGAAUAGAUUCGGUCAUGGUUGCAAGGGGGGCAUUGAUUAAACCAUGGAUAUUUGAAGAAGUAGAUGCACAACAAUAUUUAGACAAAUCAGCAUCAGAAAGAUUGGCAAUGUAUGAAAAAUUUGCUAAAUUUGCGAUAGAACAUUGGGGUUCUGAUGAAUAUGGGGUUGCAACGGCAAGAAGAUUUAUGUGUGAAUUCUUGAGUUUUACUCAUAGAUAUAUUCCGGUUGGGAUAAUGGAAAGAUUACCGCCAAAAUUAAAUGAGAGACCACCGAAAUGGGUUGGAAGAAGUGAUUUAGAGACAAUGUUAGCUUCAGGUGAUUAUAGAGAUUGGAUAAAAACUACUGAAAUGUUUUUAGGUAAAGCUGGUGACGAUUUUGCUUUUACACCGAAACAUAAAAGUAAUUCCUACGAUAACAAAGAAUAG